AUGCCAUCAGAGGAGUUUGUUCGUGGGAUGCUCUAUCUGUCGCUCACAGUUGUCGGAGUUCCAGGCAAUUCUGCCAUAAUUGUGGCAUUCUUUCUCUCGAUCUUUGAAGACAAGUGUCUCCUUGCGGCCGACGCCAUCGUCCUGCACCUAGCCUGCGUCAACCUGCUCGUGGUGCUCGUCCGCUGUCUUCUGGAGACCCUGGCCUCCUUUCACCUGGCCGACGUCUUCGGAAACACAGGCUGCAAAGCUGUCAUCUUCAUCUACAGGACCUGCCGUGCCCUCUCAAUCUGGCUCACCUUCCUCCUCAGUGCGUAUCAGUGUUUGUGCAUCGCCCCUCCUGGGUCGCGCUGGGCCUCUGCUCGCACCUUAUUAGCCCACAAUUUGCCCUUUGUGUUCUUGUUCCUCUGGGUCCUCAACACCAGCAUGAGCUCAGCAGCCGUAUUGUUCACUUUCAGCACCAACAACGGCUCUGUCCAGUUAAACAAUGCUGUUAAUGUACAAUUCUGCCAAGUGAACUUCCCGUCAAAAGUGUCUAAAGAGGUCAACGGGGCAGGACAAGUGGGCAGAGAUGUGGUACCCAUGGCCCUCAUGACUCUAGCCAGUGUGAUGAUUCUGGUCUUUCUUUACAAGCACCGACAGCAGGUGAAGGGACUUCGGAGUGGUGGUGGGGGAGGAAGUGUUGGGGCCGAGCAGCGGGCCGCCAAAGUCGUGGUGGUGCUUGUGACUUUGUAUGUGAUCCUCUAUGGGGUGGAUAAUGGGCUUUGGGUGUACACUCUCACCGUGAAGAAGACAAUGAGCUCUUCCCUGGUCUCUGACCUGCGUGUAUUCUUUGCCUCCCUGUACGCAGCGCUGAGCCCUCUGGUUAUCAUCGUGUCCAACAGGAAGGUGAAUAGCAGGUUGAGGUGGGCGUCACAGGAGAAGUCCGUCCUGGAGUGUACUGUACAAAUUUCAGCGCGGUGA